AUGAGACGAGCUGAUGUGCCAGGAGGCAGAGACUACAGAUUUAAGUACAGAACAGUGGGUAUGACGCAAUCGCUUAGCGGGUACAUGAGCAUUACCGUGGCCAAUAUCGACCUUGACGACAAAACUCGGAAAACAUCGGAAAUACAUUUUGCCACAUGUCACGUUUGCAACCCGGGAACCUGCUCCGAGUGUGAGCGCUCCGGAACACGCCAAGGCGGGUUUGAGAGACACCAAAGAAUCCGCUGGGGGCCUUUGUCAUAUGAGUCAUACGAUAUGGGAAUAGCUUCACAUUGUGAACAAGGUUACUUCUCCACUCGGUGGAGCAAUUCGCGUCUUGAAGCAAUGGAUUGCUGA